AUGUGGCUAAAUAGCUUUUUUAGUAAAACCAAAAAAAAUGAAUGUGAGGACACAAUUCAACAAACUACUAAUGAAGAUAAAGUUAACGAAGAUAAAGUUAAUGAAGAUAAGGUUGSCGAAGAUAAGCUCAACAAAGAUAAGGUUAAUGAGGAAUCAAUCAAAAUCUUGUCGAAUAACGAAGAGGAAUCAAUAAUUAAAACUGAUUUGCAAGAAAGAGUUGAGCACGUAAAAAUAGUACACGCAAAUUUACAAGCAUUACAAAAUAAACAAGAUUUACAUUUAAACAAUGACACAACAAAUACAAAAAAAAAUGAAGAAGUAAAUAAUUGUAAAAUAGAGGAGAUCUUAAGAAUUAUACCAGUUUUAGAAAAAAAUAUACACACCCUUACCAAAAAAGUAUCCUUUUUAUCUGGUUUAAUUAAUUUGAAACAACYCAAUUCAAAAAUAGAAACUGACCAGAAUAUUAUUUUAAAUAAUUCUAGUAUAAACAGUCAAAACUCUAAAAAAGAAUUAAGCAUUAUAGAUAAUACUACGACAGCAAAAAAGAAAAAUAUUGUUCAGGGCAAAGUUUCCAUAAAAAAUAAGAAAACGACUAAAAACAAUCCAAGUGUAACAAAAAAUAAAAAUACCGAAAAGCCUGAAAGAUCUGAAAAUUUUGAAAAAAAUCUUACCAAAAUCAUAAAUGAAAAUGAUCCAGUGACGAAUUCCGAAAUUUCAACUCAGAAUAAUACUAAUUCAAUUGACCAAUUGUCUGAUUAUUUAGAUGAGAGGUUGGAAUGCUUUUUUACAAAAAUACAGUCAGCAUUAUCGCAAUUUAAAAUUGAUAAAAUAAAUGAAAAAUGUGAAAUCAUGGUUCAUCUAUCUGAUCUGGAUAAUAAAAUGAACACAAACGAAAUGAACAUAGAUAAAUUAACAUAUAGUGUGCAACAGUUGAGUAAAGAAAAUGAACAGGAAAUUAUGAAAAACCAAUCAAACAUUAAAACAGAAAAUAAACAAGAACUGCAAAAAAGUAUAGACGAUAUUAAAAUGUGUAUUGAUUAUUUAAUACGACCAAAUUCAAUUGAUGUACAACAAAAUCAACAGUUCACCGAUAUUCCAAUCAAGAGCACAAAUAUUAAAAGCGAGUGUACUUCAGAUCGRUGUGUAUGCCAAUUAAUUAACAAUUCUAAUGUAACUAGUACAGCUAAUAUAGAUAUUAUAAAUUCAAAAGAGGGUCAUAAUCAAAUUAAGUACGGUGAUAUCAUUUUAUGUGAGUUUUUAAACGCUAAACUAACUGCGGAAAUGUUUAAACAGAGUGAGCAUCAAAAUAUGGCACAGGUAAAUCAGUUUUCGAAUAUAACUGCUGAAAAUAAAACUUGCAAUUUAUCAGUUUGUUCAAAAAAAUCAAACCAUAUUUUAAAUAAUUCUGUUGAAAAUCAAAUAGACUACAGUAAAACUUGUAAUUUAUCAGUUUGUUCAAAAAAAUCAAUUAAUUUUAAAAAUAAUUGUGAUGGAAAUCAAAUUGACGACAAUAAAACUUGUAAUUUAUCAGUUUGUUCAAAAAAAUCAAUUAAUUUUAUGAAUAAUUGUGGUGGAAAUCAAAUUUACGACAAUUUAAAUAAUAAUUGUGACCAACAACAAAACGAAGAAAAAAUGAAUCAUAUUACUGUAUGUACUAAACAAUCCAUUCAUAAUUUUUCGAAAUUUGGUAUCGAAAACGAUACUGAAUCAAAUCCACGAAUUUCAAAGAAAUCAGUUUAUGGAAAAAACCAAAUUUGUGAAUUUCUUUCAUCCCAGCCAAUUCCAGAAUGGAUAAGGGGAAACCAAAAUGUUAUCGCAUCAGAUAAUCCAUGCAACAAUCCACCAACAGAUUGCCAUUUAAAUUCAAGUAAGUUAUAUAAUAUUGAAAGGAUAGUUAAAGAUACCCGUUUAAAAAAUAAUACAGGCGGUAUAGUUUACAAAAUUACAGAAAAACAAGAUGUUUCAGGAGAAGAUAAAAAUGCCGUACUUUCWAAUAACACCCUUUAG